AUGCCCUCUCGCACCACUCCUGAUGUUCCCUCUGCUGCCAAUGUCAAGCUAGCUGCCCGUGCCACUGGCGAAAAGGUUAGCAACGGAAACAUUGCCAGAUUCGACAACUCCAACAUCCAGGACGGUGCAGGCGAUGGUGUUGACAGCUACACGCUGUACCUUGGCAGCGGAAGCACAUCUGCCGGCUGGCCUGACCAGAGCCGUUGGGUUUCUUUCGAGAACAUGUUCAACAACUAUAAGCCUCAGAUGUUCGCUGCCUGUGGUAACCAGGAUGGUCGUAUUCCCAAUACCGAUGGCCCGGAAGUGGGAGCUAUCUGGGACGGUAUUCAAAUGACUUCGGCAGCAACUGGAGUCGAUCACCGUUUUGUGCUCGCCGUUUUGAUGCAGGAAUCACACGGUUGUGUCCGUGUCAACACAACCUCCGGUGGUGUUAGAAACCCAGGUUUGAUGCAGGAUCACAAUGGAGUGGGCAGCUGCAACGACAACCACACCGUGCAGAAGCCUUGCCCGUCUGCCACCAUCUACCAGAUGAUCCGGGAGGGAACCGCUGGUACCUCAUCCGGCGAUGGCUUGGCCAACUGCAUCAACCAGUCUGGCCACGGUGAUGUCUCCGAUUUCUAUCGCGGUGCUCGUAUCUACAACUCUGGAUCCAUCUCUAAGAGUGGUAACCUUCAGAGCAACAUUGCUACUCACUGCUAUGCUUCUGACAUUGCAAACCGACUGACUGGUUGGAUCAAUGCGCCGUCACGCUGUACUUGUGAUAGCAACCCUAGCAGCUGCGGUGUUGUUACUAACUAG